AUGCCACCACUCAGCGGAACGUCCCCACCGCUGCCGAGCGGCUCAUCCGCUGGGACACUCUGCACCCCAAUUGACGCGUUUUGGAAUGGCUUCCAGCCAUGGGUGUCGCCAUCGAACGGCAACUUUCCCGAUGAAGCAUUCACCUCCGUCACCACCCGGCACCGGUUCGAGUAUGAGAUAUUCGCUUAUGGUGGUAUCGACGUCAACCAUGUCCUGGGUGACGGUCAUCAGUAUGCGAACCAACACGAGAUUGCGUUCCCAGGAGGCAUCCGUCGUGAGUUCAUCCGGACCGCACGAGAGUACAGUGGGACACAGCUCGUUCGCAUCUGGGACAACCCGCGCUUCGACAAUGAGCUGAACCCGCGAGGCCAUAUCCCGCCACUUGAGGCCCUGCCGCCACCAAUUCGUGGCAUCCCUGUCCCGUCAUCUUCUUCACUGAGCACGACGGAGCGGCGGACCCCGAUGGUGGCGCAGGACAAGAUGAGCUGCGCCGCCGCCGUGCCGCCGGUAGUGGCGACGAUCUCAUGCGUGUGGCUGGAGACGGCCGACGUAGACGACACGCUCAGCAUCAAGCCCAUCCCACGGCUAAGCAGUGCAGCAGUCCUGCAUCCUCUUCCUCCCUGGACAGGCCUACUUCUUCUGUGGGAACCACUAUGUUUAUCAUCAGGUCGCGCCCGGCACGACGGACGACACGAUCGUGUCAGGGCCACAAUCUGCUAG